AUGCCUCCUACUCCUUUUUUUAGCCCUCUUCGAGCCCUCAAUCCCCCCCAUUACUUUUCUCAACUCUUCCUUGCACACAGACCCUCCUCCUCAUUCCCAUGCUGCUUUUUCUCCAAUUCCACAGCCCCUUUUUUCACGCUCACCAAUUCCCCCAUGCUGAUACAUGCUACUGUAUCUUUAAGACAAAUAGACUCAAGAGCAAGCUUGUCAGUUAGUGUGUUCAAUUACAGAAGAUUAAGCUCUGUUAGAUGGCUGGUGUACACCUAUGGAUGCUUGGUUGUUAAAAAAAGAAAAGUAUUAACAAUUGUUUGA